GCGAUAUUUAAAAGCAAAAAACUAUUAUGAAUAAAUGUUUAAUGAUUUUGAUCUCUAAUACAAACAAAACGAAGCUAGGAUUAUCUGUAUCAUUGGACAUUACUCAAUAAUCAGUGUGGAAAAAAUAGGAAAAGCAUUGUGAAUGAAGCUUAUUGGAUUAAACGUUAAAAACCAGACAAUGUGCUAACGGUUUUCCAUCAACAAACUUUGAAAAAUUUGUAAUAUAUCAUUAUGUAUGUCUUGUGAAGCGAAAGAUAAUUACAACAACAAUUUCCGCCUAUCUUAAGAAGCGAUUCCGGUCUGAAUGGGGGAAAUAUUGUACUUUGUGUACCAUUAGAUAUUAAUACAGUGUAAAUCUGCAUAUAAAUUUAGGACGACCGAUGAAUGUUUAAAUCAUUUCAAAAGUUCGUUAUGUUCUGAGUCUCUCGACCGUGUCCGUACUACAAAUAUAUACUGUAUGUAUACGGAGUUAUCUGUAAAAGAUAUUAAAAGCUAUUAAAAUUCCAGGUGUGUUACAAGGAGGCAAUUUCGGACUAACAUGUACUCGGACAUGGGGCAUUAAUAACUUCUUGCAAUCAAAGGACAUUUUGCUAUGGGAUUUAAUAAGUUACUUUACAACUAUCAUACCUUAGUCGUAAUUACAGUGACUUUAUGGAAACACGUAAUGUCACAGUGUUCGGAAGCCCAUAACAUGGCGUGUUCUUGGCCGCUUAUUCAAUUGAAGAAUUAUGAAGAUAUCCUGUAUCCUAUUGGUGGAUUCAUUCCAGACUACAACGAAACUACUUUACAUAAAAUUUGCAGUCUUUUUCAGGAAUAUAAAACUUGUUCACAACCAUUCUUUAUGAACUGUGACCAAGAAACCUUAACAGAAUUCCAUAUUUUAGACAGUGCCUUUUCACCUAUAUGUGGUCACUUAGCAGCAGAAUAUAUUAAACAAAGAAGCUGCUUUCAACGAUUACAACGCACAUAUAAAAAGUGUCAGGAACAUAGACAAGAACAAUUAAAUAUGCAAGAGACUGAUGCAAAACAUUAUAAAUUGCACAUGUGCACGGUAACAAAUGAAUAUGUUGGAUGCACAUUUACAGUGACAGCGUUGUUAUGCUCUCUGGAAGCAGCAAAUGUAUAUUUCAAAAUUAUAAAUGAAUCUAUAUCAUUCUUACUUCUGAAUUCCGGAUUUUCAUGUACUAUCCGACAUCCAAAUGACGUUAUCAAAGUUAUAACGACAACAACGUCGACGACGACGAUUACCACCGAAAUAAAGACUUCACCAACUAAAGAGGUCCAACCAUCUGUGAUACAACAUUCUAAAAACCCAACCAGUUCCGGGUUAAACUUAAAACGUUCGUUAAGUACUUUGUUGUGUGUUUUUAUCAUAUCAAGUGUUCUACAAGCGUUAAAUGUGUAGCUUAACAACUGGUAAAUUUGUUAUAUUCGAAUAGUAACUUUUUGUUUAUUAUUUUAACAAUUAACUAAGUUAGUGCAGUUGAUAUCGAAAUCUGGAAUACGAAAUAAUGUUUUAUGUCAAUCUGUCUACGAAUAGAACAUCAGCUAUGUA